CGCUUCGCUUCAUUCGUUUGCCUGCUCGCGUGCUUUACGGUUCGAGAUUAACAAGAAAAUCUUAUAAAAAACCUUUCGAAAAAUUACACACAAGUUUCUUACAAAAAAAUUUAAAAAUAGCUAAAUUACACGAAAAAAACUUUAAAAAUUUAACUUUUAUACAUUUUUUUUUUGCGUGUCAAUAAAACGACAAAGCUGCGAGAACGCCUUGUAUGGAGCAUGUCCACAGAUAAUCCCACACAGUUGCUGACCACCCGCGAUUUGAGCCAACUGCGUGGCCAUCUGCAAGUCAGCUCAGCGGUGGCCUCCACGCCCACUUCUGUGGUGGCAGCGGCAACAGUGGCUGCCGCCCAUGGAUACCGCACCAUUGCACCACCACCCGUCAGCAACAGCAGUAGCAGCACCACCACCAGCACCACAGCAGCAGCAUCAGCAGCAGCAGCAUCAGCAGCAGCAGCAUCAGCAUCUGUAAUACCACCAGUUAUAACCACAAGCAAUAGCAAUAUGCCGGCCAGUGCCUCAAAAUAUGUAUUUUUGCAACACAACCACAACGGUGGUUUUACGGCAUACGAUGGCACUGCCACCACGACGGCCACGGGAAGUUCGGGAUCCGUUGGUGCCACGGGUGGCAAUAUAGUACUCCUAGCGGCCGAGCCACUGGAAAUGGGUGCCUCCGGGGAGACAUUGGUCAAUGUGCGAACCACCGACGAUGAUGGCGAGUUGCGUUCGCUGUCCUGGCUUAACGACAGCAAUCUGAUCAAGGGCAUUGUGACAACAGCACCCGGACAGGCGGGUAAACGUGGUGCAGCGGUGGCCAUCAAAGCGGCCAGCGGAUCGGCAGUGGUUGGUGGUGCGUCCAAUGGCAAUCUGUGCAUAGUGAGCGACUUGAUAGAAGAGUUGCCCACCAAUCUGAGUGAAAGCAGUGAACAGGAUGCGGGAAGUGGAUCAUCAGCUGUUUACAGCACCACCACGGUGCAUAAGGGACCCAGUGGCACCACCACCGUGGUGGAGUACAAAGCCAGUAAAGCCAAUCAACAGCAGCAGCAACAACAACAGCAGCAGCAACAGCAGACGGCCUAUUUGCCAACGCCGACGAGGACCACAGUGUUGGGUCAUGGUUACAUGCCGGUGGUGGUGAGCAGUGCCGCCAACCAAUCAACUUUACUAUCGCCCGCCAAACAGCAGCAUCAUCAGCAGCAUCAUCAGCAGCAGCAACACAUCUAUGUGACCAGCAAUGGGAGCACAGGAACUGCAGGACCAGCAGCAGCCAUCUACAAGGCAGCCAACCAGGCGCUGUGCUCGCCAACCACCACUAGCACCACCAGCAGCAACAGCAACAGCAACAGCAGCAGCAGCAACACCACCACCCACCAUCCGCACAAGAAGUAUCUGCGCGAGAAGAUGCACGUUCAGAUGGAUCAUAGCAGUCAGGUGGCCUCAACGGUGACGGUGGUCAGUUCGCCGGCCUCCUCCAACAAUUCCUCGAUCAGCAGCUCCAGUUCGGCGUGCAAUUCGGGUUCGGUUUCGGGUUCGGGAUCCUCGACAGCGGCCGUAAACGGGGGCAAUAGCCCAGUGCCCAAGACCAGCAGUUUUAGCACUGUUUUCGAGGCGGUCAACUAUGCCACCUCGGCGACCACCAACAGCAGCAGCAACAGCAGCAACAACAGCAACAGCAGCAACAGCAGCAGCAGCACGCCCAGCAGCAGCCAAACGACGAUACUCCAUGGUCAAGAGCCACCGGCUGUUGUGACAACCACAACCUUGAUCAGUGCCGGAUCCUUGCCGCCGGGCUAUAGCUUUGUUAAUCACGUGGCCAGCACGCCGCAUGUCAUUUCCACGCCAGCCCAUGUGGCCUCGCCGGAGACGCCGCCUGGAGCAGCACUGCUGCCUGGAACGUACUAUACCACCGGCACAACCACAGCAGCUUUACAGCCGCGCAGCCUGCAGUUAUCCGUUUCCCCGCCGCCGCCAAAUAUGACGCCCACGAGUCAAGUGCACAUGGGAUCUCUGGCUGGAGGUCCAGCCGGAUCCGGCGGUGGAGGAGGUGGAGGUGGAGGUGGAGGUGGAGGUGGAGGUGGAGGAGGAGGUGGAGGAGGAGUUAACCUGCGCAGCCCCAAUAGUUACACUAGCUACGAAAACGAGGAUUCCUUGAAAGAGUUCGAUCUGGUGGUCAGCUCACGCAUGCACACAAGCACGCCUCAAUAUUCGGUGUCGAAAAACGGAGCCAAUGGCUAUGGUAGUGGCAACAGUAAUGUGAAUGGCGGCGGAGCUGGUUCCAAUACGCCGCAAAAGCAAAAGCAUCCCAAUAACGUGCCAUACGAUCCGCUAGUGCAUACCAAUAACAAGCCGCCAUAUAGCUUUAGUUCGUUGAUCUUCAUGGCCAUCGAGGGUUCGAAUGAGAAGGCACUGCCCGUGAAAGAGAUCUAUGCAUGGAUCGUGCAGCACUUUCCGUACUUCAAGACGGCGCCCAAUGGCUGGAAGAAUAGCGUGCGCCACAAUCUCUCGCUGAACAAGAGCUUUGUCAAGGUGGAGAAGGCACCCAACAUGGGCAAGGGAUCACUGUGGCGUGUGGAGCCACAGCAGCGCCAGAAUCUCAUCCAGGCGUUGAAUCGAUCGCCCUUCUUUCCCAACUCGGCGGUGGAUAAGAUAAGUCCCUCGCUGAAGAGUCCCAGUGGUGGAUCUGGUGGAUCUGGUGGAUCCGGUGGAUCCGGUGGUGGAUACGAUAGCCUAGACGGCGGCAAUGCUGUUCAGUCUUCGAUUCAGCAGCCAGUGGGAAUGGGAGGAGCAGCGGCUGGAGCAGUUCCAGUUGCCGCCGUGGCCCUGUCCACGCCCACGAAAAGCAAUGGUCUGGUGCUGGCCAACGGUGCUAGUCAAGCCACGAAUGCGGCCAGGCCGCACAGUCCCGGCGGCGGUGGCAGUGGCAGUCAUGCCCGCUUCGAUCCCAAACUAUUCCCCAAUCUGUCCAAGGCCUUUCGGAAUAUACGCGACGAUUCGGCCGGAUCAUCGGCUAUGCUGCAGGAUGUCCACGAUGACGAUUUGUCCGGGGACUAUCACAGCAACAAUAAUAACAAUAAUAACAAUAAUAAUAACAACAAUCACAACUCUGGCAGCAAGUACAACUAUGUGGGCUUAAACGGAAGCGGAACUGGAGAUGGCAGUGGAUUAGGUGCUGGCGGUGGUGUGUCCGCCACCACCAAUGGAGCUUCUGAUGGCAUUAACUUUGAGCGACUGGCCCGCGAUUGUGGUGCGGACAGUAUGGACGAUGUACAUGCGGCGGCGGCGAUGCUCUUCCUUAAACACGGACCAAAGGCCUUCAGCGAACCCUUUCAGAAUGGGAGCGCACCGGUGAUCACGAGUUCUCCGAGCGAGGAUCACACCUAUUCGGCGGGUGGCAACAGCAAUGCGGACAGUGGUUCCUCCACGCCACUGACCAACGGCAAUGUCCUGGCCAGCGUGGCACAGGCGGUGGCCCAGGCCCAGAAUAACCAGGGAGGCGCUGGAUCCGAUAGCAAUUGCGCCAGCUCGGAUGCUGCCUACGAUAGCAGUGAGGAGAAUCACAACAUCACGCCCGAGGAGAUGGCCGAUCGGCAGCGGCAUCGCGAUGGCGUGGACGCCCUGCUCUCGCUUUCCCGCUCCUCGAUUGUGGAGUGCGGCUCGGUGGCCACCACCCACUAUCACAGCAACGGCAGCAGUGGCAGCAGUCAUGGAUCCCCGCACAAGCGAGCCUCCAGUCACAGUUUGGAGGAGGAGCACCUGCAGCAACACCGCGAACAGCAGCAUCAGCAGCAACAUCAGCAGCAUCAACAGCAACAUCUUCAGCAGCAGCAACAUCAGCAACAUCAGCAACACCUCCAACAGCAAUUUGGCAGCAACAAUCAAGCGGUCUACACCAAUGGCAGUGGCAGCAAGAUGGCUUUAUUGAGCAGUGCAGCUGCCAAUGUGGCACUCGCCCAACAGCAGCAGCAGCAACAGCAACAGCAACAGCAACAGCAGCAGCAGAUUCACCAGGAUAUGUACUCCUCGUCCACUGGCCAUACUGCCAGCAUAUAUUUGGGCGGACUGAACAAUCAUUGCCUGCCCGCUGUGGGCGGUGUCGGCUCUGUGGGCGUGACAGCUGGCAUGUUGCCACAGCAUUUGAGUGCUGCCAUGGUGGCGGCUGCAAGUAAAAAUAAGGUCAAGCCGCUGCGAGGAUUACGCACCAAGAUCAAGCGCAAGUCCGCCUGGAUGCGGUGAAUAUGGCGACAGGCUGGCGGCAAAUGGACCUAAUACAGCCACCAAAAUAAAAUGCAUCCACACUACGCACCACACCCCACACCCCACACCCCAAGCCCCACACCCCAAGCCCCCUGCGACCUAUUGUUGUCUCUUUCUAAAGCAAAAAUUGUUCAAAUCACAGAGCAUUUAGACUAAAUUUUGUAAUCUUAAAUUAGGGCUGAGAAAUGAGGUCCCAGUUCACAUUAUCUAUUUCUCUAUUUUUGUUUUUUUUUUGCUCUAUCUUUUAGAAUUUUUUGUGUGUGUUUUACCUCCUGCCCCUGACAUUUUCCGUGUUUGUUAUACAAAUUUUUGACUAUUUUUUUUUUUUAUUACUUUACAUUUAGGCUUAAAUGUUUUUUGACUUUACUUUCUUCCCGCAAUUGAUUGUUGGCCAUUUAAAUUAUACUUGAUUAUGUAAUAAUAAUGAUUUACUAGCCAUCCUAGCUGCAAUUUCAUAGCCCUUAAGUGUCAUUUUGAUCCUUUUUAGUUUGUAAUUUUAAUUUGUGCAAAUAUUUUACAUUUCAAUCGCAAAACGAGAAUAAACGACAACCAGAAUUACAAUGAAAAGUGUCUGGUUUUUUAAGGCCCCCAAUUCGUUACUAGCUUUUAAUACAUACACAAAAAUCUAGAUUAUUCGUUUUUACUCGCGAAAUGAGGGACACAAACAAAGUAAACUUUUCCAGCGUAUCAGUGACAAAGUUUAUAUCAAAAAAAAAAAAAAAAACAAAAAAACAAAAUAACAACAAAAAAACACCAACAAAUUGAGCUAAGUAAGGAAAUCUAUGAAAAUAUGAAACGAAAUAACGAAAAAAAAUUGUAAAAAUCGCAAGAAAAUGGAAAAAAGCAAGAAAGCAAACGCAACGUUUGUACAAAAAGCAACCAUAAUUAAGAUAAAUUCUUUUUUAUUUCGGUUUUGUGCCGCAAGAAAAUGUUUUUUCUACACUUAUAAGAUGCAAAACACCCUACUUACAUGAUCUAAAAACCAUAAACAAACAAAACGAUAUACAAAUAUAUAUACACUUAGCAAGAGAGUUAUAUAGAGAAACUAAAUAUAAGCCAAGCAAAAAAACCCACAAAGAAACACACAUUUAGCGCCUUAUACAUUGAGUCCUUAGCUAAAAACAAAAGAGAGAGAGAUCUGUUGAAUUGUUUGAACUGCUUUGUUAUACGGAUGUAUGAGUACAUAUAUAUUCUAUAACUAUAUAAAUUUAAGGUCCCACCCCGCGCCCUCUUUUUCCCCGCCCCUCGCCACCAUACGGACACUCAAGCAAAUGUUAAAUCAAAGAUAUUUAGUUUAUAAGCCAGGGAGAAAACGAAAAUCCUAAUUGUAAGCAUUCAUUUAUAUGGUUACGUAGUUGAAAUGCUAAACAUUUGUUAACGAGAAUCAAACCGUAAGCUAGCCGAUUUUAGUUGAAUGAACCUCCUCCAAUAUCCCCCCCCCAUCCCCAAUGUGUAUAUACAGAAUGGAAAAAAGAAAAAAAAAGCUGUUGAAAUUAUGCUGCACAUCUUUACAUAGGCAUAUUGUGGAAACCAAGAAAUACUUAUUACCAUUUAAAUAAGCAAAGGAUGAACUUGACAAAGAACGCCCUAAGUGUAUACACUUCAUGUACCUUUUUAGCAAAAAGCAAAAACGCAAAAGCAAAGAUCGCAUUAAAUUACCAAUUACGAAACUAAACUAAAUGUUGAUGUCAAAGAGAAACCAAUUUGCUAGUUGUUACAAACAAGAAAACAAAACAAAACAAAUGUUAAAAAUAUUGUGUUUCCUCAAAAACUUAUUAUUACGAUUAUGGUUUUUUUUUAUUUGUUUUUAGUUUAAUUACGUAAGAAUAUUGCCUUGAAGCAUGUUUUGGGGAAAGAAAUGUGACUAAAAUACCAGAAGCGAGAACAACAAAAUAAUUGUAUACCUAGCUUUAACUUAAGGUCCUACAAAAGAUCCUAAAAUACCUUUAAAAUCAAUACCCCCCCCCCACCCCUUCGCACGACACACAGUGAAAGACAAUCGCCGCCCGUGUUGUUGUCGUUGUCGCUUAAGUUUAAACAAAUUCUAUGUAGCUUAAGACACCUACGAGUAAUAUAUAUAUAUAUCUAUAUAUAUAUAUAUAUAACUAACACACAGCAAUAGCAAAGUACAUAUACGACAAAUAUUGUUAUACAACCUUAAGCUUUAGCCGAGAGAAGGUGGAGAACUAUCUUCCCGAUCCCACAACUCCUAUUACCUAUACCCUAUAUCCCCCAAAAAAAAAAAACAACCGAUAAGCUAACCAGUUUUGUUAACGUGUUUUCUUCUAUUUUAAUUAUUAUAUCGCAUCAUUAUUAUUAUCAUUAUUAUCAUUAUUAUUAUUAUUAUUAUUAUUAUUAUUAUUAUUAUUAUCGUAUAUAUAUAUUCAUGCUGGUAUAUAUAUAAAUGAUUAUACAACUUUUUUUGAGUACCAAAUACACACCAAUCAAAAUGUG